AUGAUGAAAAUUACUAUUUUCGCUUUGUCCGCUCUUGCCCUGGCGUGUGCAUUGCCGCAAGAAGAAGCUCAGGCGCAGCCGGUCCAAAUUCUUAAACAAGACUCCGAAAUUAACGUUGAUGGAUACAAUUUUGAAUUUGAGACAAGUGAUGGUACUUCAAGGCAAGAGCAAGGAGAAUACAAAAACGAUACGGAGCAACAAGGACUCUCUGUGAAGGGUAGCUAUCAAUACGUCGCCCCUGAUGGCCAAAAGAUAUCCGUCACUUUUGUUGCUGAUAAAAACGGUUACCAACCCACCGAAGUUAAGGAUGAAGAUAAACCAGCACAAGCUUAAAAUCAUUUAAGGAAGACCCAAGAACUUAAAAAUGUGCUUUAACCAAAUAUAAGGUAUUGAAUAUACCGCAGGCAUUAAACUAUAAAAUAUUAAGUAUAUAAUGUAUGUAUAUAGCGUAUAAAGACUGUAUAUAUAAAUAAAGAAUACAAUAAGUAACCAAAUAAUAUUAUUUAAUCAUAUUAUAUGAAGGAAGUUCCACUACGGCAUAAAAAGUUAAAAUCAGUCCUUAUUUUUACCAAUACUAGUUGGUCACCCAUAUGUCGAAAUUUUACCAUAAUUAAAAAUUUAAAUUAAAGAAAA